AGCGCGUUGUGCACGCGGCACGCCUAUAAACAAACAACUCUUGGUCGCAUUGCUAGCCAUCGCAUUCCCACUCGGCGUCUGGAGUUCGGGGAGGAGAUUGUUGGACCUCCGGCCGCGCUUGUGGUGACGCUAGCUACUCCGGCUUGUGGUACGUGGGAGCAGAGUCGGCCGACGGGGAGGCCGGGAAAAUGCCGACGACCACCGUGGAGGACCUGCCCGCCGACGUGCUGGCCUGCGCGCUGCGCCGCCUCGACGGCCGGUCCCUGGCCGCCGCGAGCUGCGCCACGGCAGGCCUCCGCGCCCUCGCCGCGGAGCCCGAGACGUGGCGCGCGCUCUGCGUCGCACGGUGGCCAUCGCUGCUGCAGACCCAGCAGAGCAACAUCCUCGACUCCGCGGCCGUCUCUCCGCAGCGCCUCUUCGCCGACGCCUUCCCCUUCCCGUCCAGUUCCACGGAUGUUGCUCCCGUCACCGCGGCUGAUCAAUGUCUGCCCGGCGAGCUCAUCUCCGCCGUGGACAUGUACCACAAGGGAGCGCCCCUCUUUUCUCGGGUCGUCGAGACGUCCACGUCGUCCUCGUGGUUCCUGACCUCGCCGUUUCGCGUGGACGCCGUCGAGUGCAAGGACCCGGUGCCGGCGGCCUCGCUCUCUCCGUCGGAUUUGGAGCUCAGCUGGAUCGUCGUUGACCCCCGAAGCGGCCGGGCGGUGAACGUGUCGAGCCGGCGGGCGGUGGCCGUGGAUAGACACUGGUACACCGGCGAGACGUUGGUGCGGUUCGCGGCGGUGCUCGGCGGGAGCAAGUUCGAGACCACAGUCACCUGCUCGGAGGAGGCCGGAUACCUUAGGGAGGUCAGCCUCACCGUCGAGGACGCCGAAAACGCGGCGGUCAGCGGCGAAGGCUGCCUGCGGUUUCUUGCAGCCGCAAUGGAAGGGCCGAGGAAAGGAGGCGAGAAGGAAAGAGAGGAGGCCAAGAGGAGGUACGAGGAGUUCGUGAGGAGCAAGAGGGGGCGAAAGGAGUCCAAGGCAAGGCGGGAGGUGCUCGUCGACUUGUGCUGCUCCGCCGUCGGCGCCGUCGCCGUGCUCAGCUUCCUCGCCUCCGCCGUGCUACGGUAGAAUCUACCGUACGGGCGAUCUCAUCCCUCAGUGCAGAGAAAGAAAACAUCAAUACACAUUCUUUUUUUUUUGACCACAAACAUCAAUACACAUUCUUUAUUCUUUUUUGCCGAUGAUUUUUUUUAGGGCAUAUGGGCGAACGUUUUUUUUUUUUUUUUGCAUGGAUGGACAACCGUUUUUGCUCUUCGUACAUACCCGUGGGCCGGAGAGCGGUUUUUUCAGUAUAUACCACUGUAUCGAUAGAGAUACACAAGUUGAUAGAUUGUUUAUUCUUACCAUGCAUUUUUUUUGCUUCUUCUUCUAUUUAAUCAGCGACUGGAUAUUUGUACCUCGUGAAACAUGUACAACCGUUUUUCCACUGCUUAUCGGCUGUAAUAACCUCUCAUAUUCAUAUUAUGGGACGAAGGAAG